AUGACGCGCCCUGGAGUUGGUCGCUCUACGUUUUCCGCCUUGUUAUCGCACCAGGGCCACUCCCGAGGUUUGUGGCGGGCAGCCAAGAACUCCCAGGAUACCCCCGAGCAAGUUGAAUACACCUUCCGGCCUUUCAAGAAGAGCAAGGCUUCGAGUGCCAAUUCACUAAAGAAGGAGCUACUGGAUGAGCAUGAUCAGCUGAUGAAAGAAUUGCAGUCCAUUCAGAAGGAAUUAAUAAAAGAUCCCUUCUCUGCCAUAUUUGGCCUCCAGACUGAUUUGUUUCGUGAAUGGGAGAAAGAACCUACCUGGCAAUCUUCCAUGCGGUCGUCGCCGAAGACCAAGCGACCAUCUCGUUCUAAGGCCUCUUCCAAUACCAGUCAAUCCGAAAAGGAUUUUGAAACUACCACGACUGAAUUGAGCCGAGGCACCCUUCGGUACGACCCGAUUUCGGGACGAAUGGUCCCACGUCAAGAUGAAGCCACCAACACCGGAAACGAAGCCCGCCCUUUUGCCGCAGACUGCCCUCCCAGCGUCCACGCCGACGUUAACACCUCCCCGUUUAUUGCCCACAAUGGAACAUUUCAUCAACAUCCAAAUUUUGCGUCUAGACAUUAUAUUCCAAACUUCUGGGACCCAAAGUUCAAUCAUAGUGGCCCUGGAAUUGGAUCAGAAAGUGUUCGCAAACCUGACCCUAGCUCUCUCAAAGAUGAUGACUCCAUCAUCUUUGUGCCACCUCAGAGACCGGUUCCGCCAGAUCCGCAGGCUGAUAUUUUGAACAUCCAAAAGAGCUUGCAUGAACCAAGCGAAGUCGCUCCGCUCGCUUGCGGUCCUUCUGUUCGUGCAGAUGAUAGCCAAUCGACAUGGACAACAACGGUCAAGACGACGGCAAAACCAGAAUCCAACGAGCCUCGACCGGAAAAUGAGACGGAUGUCGUAACACCUGAGUUUCUUGAAAUAGAUACGCAAUAUCCAACGAAGCAGGCUAGUGAAGUUCGUGAUAAAACAGUCGAGUAUUCACUUAGCGGUGAAACGGGAUCUGUCCUCACUAGUCAACCUCUUCCUACCGUUGACAAUGGUCACCUUGAGCCUACCAAGGCUGCUGGUGAAAUCACUUCUAUUGAGCCCGAGAUCAUCCUUGACUACCAACCGAAUAACAAAGUAGAGACUCACAAUGUCUACAUUCCUGUCUCGGAGAAUGACUACAUUGAUCCUUCAGAACACUUGGAUGCCAGUGACAUCCGUGCUCGCUACGCAUCACCGCAAGGGGGUUCCGAAAAGGAGAAGCCUAUUUCUGCGCCAGAAGUAGACUCCGCUGCCACUGACUAUAGUCUCGAGGGCUUGAAUUCUCGCGUCGGGGCCCUCACUUCUCCGAUUGCCGAACUAGUCAGAGAAGGGCCUGCCACCGAGCAGGAAUCGCCCGUCACAGCGUCACCUUUGCCUGAGUUCCGGAUCUUAACAUACAAUCCGUAUGACUCCCAGGUGACUAUUACCGGGGCAGAGCCAUUCUUCGAUGCCAGUGAGACUAGAUCGCGAUCCGCUAUUCUCGCUUGCCUCAAAAAAAUUGCUCGUCUUGAGGAGUCUGGGAGGUUUAUGCCUUAUAUCACACAGAUGGAGCAAGAUGGUUACGAGAUCCUUGCUAGUGCCGAUGAUCUCUUGAUUUUCCGCAAGGUGAACCGCCAUGGUGUUUUCGGAGAAUUGAUCAACGAGUCGGAUAAUGACAGGAAUGCAACUUCUGAGUCUUGUCCUUCUGACAACGGUCACACCUCCACCAACCAGUCAAGCCAAUCAACUAUCGAUCAAACGUCGUCGGUGGGCAAGACACUUCGCCGCGUGCUUUUUGGAGGUGUUGUGACUGCGGCGUUUUGCUACACGACUGGUGUUGUCAGCGAGUACUUCCGCACAGGAGGCGCAGAUGGACGCGGCCCUGACGGGUUUACCCCAUUUGAAGUCGAGCGACGUUAUCGGGAAUGA